AUGCCCGUGACCUUCGCCCUCUUGCUUCUCCUGAGCCGGGCCACCUCGGACCCAUGCUACCAUCCAGGGGGCCGCCCCCGCUUCUGCCUCCCACCAGUGACCCAGCUGGCUGGCAUAGUGGCCUCCUGUCCCCAGGCCUGCGCCUUGUCCGCGGGGGCCACCUGUAACGGCAGUCUGACUCUGGCCCUGGGUGGCCCCUUCCUCCUGACGUCCGUCAGCCUGCGCUUCUGCACUCCAGGCCCCCCAGCCCUGGUCCUGUCGGCCGCCUGGGCCACCAGAGGCCCCUGGAGAUCACUGUGGCGCAGGCCCGCCUGGCCCUGCUCCUGCAACCAGCACGCCCGCCGCUGCAGGUUCAACUCCGAGCUGUUCAGGCUGUCAGGCGGCCGGAGCGGGGGUGUUUGCGAGCGGUGCCGCCACCACACAGCUGGGCGGCACUGCCACUACUGCCAGCCAGGGUUCUGGAGGGACCCUGACCAGCCGAUCACCAGCCGCAAGGCCUGCAGGGCCUGCCAGUGCCACCCUAUUGGGGCGACAGGUGGCACCUGUAACCAGACCAGCGGGCAGUGCUCCUGCAAGUUAGGGGUCACCGGCCUGACGUGCAACCACUGCGGUCCUGGCUAUCAGCAGAGCCGCUCCCCUCGGAUGCCCUGCCAGCGAAUCCCAGAGGCAACCACCACCCUUGCUACGACCCCUAGUGCUUACAGCUCUGACCCUGAGUGUCACAACUACUGCAACGUUUCGGGCACCAGGGUACACAUGAAUCUUCGGAGGUACUGCCAGCAGGAUUACGUUCUCCGCGCGCAGGUGCUGGCGUCUGAGAUGGUGGGCCCGGCGUGGUGGCGGCUGGCCUUGCGCGUGCUGGCUGUGUACAAGCAGCAAGCGCGGCCUGUGGGCCGCGGCGGCCGUGAGGCAUGGGUGCCCGGCGCCAACCUGGCCUGCGGCUGCCUGCGCCUGCGCCCGCGGUCCCGCGCGCAGGGGCUGGCGUCUGAGAUGGUGGGCCCGGCGUGGUGGCGGCUGGCCUUGCGCGUGCUGGCUGUGUACAAGCAGCAAGCGCGGCCUGUGGGCCGCGGCGGCCGGGAGGCAUGGCUCAAGAUCCUUGUUCUUAAUCACCUCUGCAAAGUACCUUUUGCCAUGUCAGGUAACAUAUUCACCGGUUCCAAGAGUGAGCGUGUGAACAUCUUUGAGGGCCAUUAUUCCGCCUCCCGCAGCCAGAUAUGGCAUCUUCAGAGUGAUCCUUUUCGUCGUGGUCCAGCGUGGCAGCUAGCGCUCAAGCCCAUGUCGCUAUCCAUGCAGCAGAAUGAAGAAAGGCAAAGAAAAAAGGCCAAAAGGCCCAUGCAGCUGACCUAA